CGGCCGCGGCGCUCGGGACCCGCGCGAGCGCGCUCGUUUGGUGCGCGCGCGCCCGCGGCUCCGCCCCGCCCGCCCGGCGCGCGCCCCCGCCAGGGCCGCUCUCCUCCCCCUCCCCGGCGCGAACGGGGUGGAUCCCGCGCACUCCCCUCCCCCGAGCACCAGCGGCGGGCGCUGAAUGAGAGACGCCGACCGCCCGGGUCGGCCGGCGCUACCCUCGGCGGCUGCGGCAGUGGCGAGGCGUGACGCCGGCGUCGCCUCUCCAUCCUCCGAGGCGACGGCCGCGGCUGCACAGGUCGGCGCUGCGGCCCGUGGCGAAGCGGAGGAGGGAAGGCAUAAUGUAUUUGUGGCCUUGGACAUGAAGUAAUCAGUCCUCUGUUACUGUAAACAUAGGGUGGGGACUGAUGAAGGAAGCAUGGACCUAAUGAACGGGCAGGCAAGCAAUGUUAAUAUCGCAGCUACUGCUUCUGAGAAAAGUAGCAGCUCUGAAUCAUUAAGUGACAAAGGCUCCGAAUUGAAGAAAAGCUUCGAUGCUGUGGUGUUUGAUGUUCUUAAGGUUACACCAGAAGAAUACGCGGGUCAGAUAACACUAAUGGAUGUCCCAGUAUUUAAAGCUAUUCAACCAGAUGAGCUUUCAAGUUGUGGAUGGAAUAAAAAAGAAAAAUAUAGUUCUGCACCAAAUGCAGUUGCCUUCACAAGAAGAUUUAAUCACGUAAGCUUUUGGGUUGUAAGAGAGAUUCUUCAUGCUCAAACAUUAAAAAUUAGAGCAGAAGUUUUGAGCCACUAUAUUAAAACUGCUAAGAAACUAUAUGAGCUGAAUAACCUUCAUGCACUCAUGGCAGUGGUUUCUGGCUUACAGAGUGCCCCGAUUUUCAGAUUGACAAAAACAUGGGCGUUAUUAAGUCGAAAAGACAAAACUACCUUUGAAAAAUUAGAAUAUGUAAUGAGUAAAGAAGAUAACUACAAAAGACUCAGAGACUAUAUAAGUAGCUUAAAGAUGACACCUUGCAUUCCCUAUUUAGGUAUCUAUCUGUCAGAUUUAACAUACAUUGAUUCAGCAUACCCAUCAACUGGCAGCAUUCUAGAAAACGAGCAAAGAUCAAAUUUAAUGAAUAACAUCCUUCGAAUAAUUUCUGAUUUACAGCAGUCCUGUGAAUAUGAUAUUCCCAUAUUGCCUCAUGUCCAAAAAUACCUGAACUCUGUUCAAUAUAUAGAGGAACUACAAAAGUUUGUGGAAGACGAUAAUUACAAGCUCUCACUGAAGAUAGAACCAGGGACAAGCACGCCUCGUUCUGCUGCUUCCAGGGAAGACUUGGUCGGUCCUGAAGUAGGAGCAUCGCCCCAGAGUGGGAGAAAAAGUAUAGCUGCUGAAGGAGCCUUGCUGCCACAGACACCCCCUUCCCCCCGGAACCUGAUUCCACACGGACACAGGAAGUGCCACAGCUUGGGUUAUAAUUUCAUUCAUAAAAUGAAUACAGCAGAAUUUAAGAGUGCAACGUUCCCAAAUGCAGGGCCAAGACAUCUGUUAGAUGAUAGUGUCAUGGAGCCCCAUGCACCAUCUCGAGGCCAAGCUGAAAGUUCUACUCUUUCUAGUGGAAUAUCAAUAGGUAGUAGUGAUGGUUCUGAACUAAGUGAAGAGACCUCAUGGCCUGCUUUUGAAAGGAACAGAUUAUACCAUUCUCUCGGCCCGGUGACAAGAGUGGCACGAAAUGGCUAUCGAAGCCACGUGAAGGCCAGCAGUUCUGCAGAAUCAGAAGAUUUGGCAGUACAUUUAUAUCCAGGAGCUGUUACUAUUCAAGGUGUUCUCAGGAGAAAAACUUUGUUAAAAGAAGGCAAAAAGCCUACGGUAGCAUCUUGGACAAAAUAUUGGGCAGCCUUGUGUGGAACACAACUUUUUUACUAUGCUGCCAAAUCUCUGAAGGCUACAGAAAGAAAACAUUUCAAAUCAACAUCAAAUAAGACUGUCUCUGUGGUGGGGUGGAUGGUGAUGAUGGCUGAUGACCCAGAACAUCCAGACCUCUUCCUGCUGACUGACUCUGAGAAAGGGAAUUCAUACAAGUUUCAAGCUGGCAGUAGAAUGAAUGCAAUGCUGUGGUUUAAGCAUUUGAGUGCAGCCUGCCAAAGUAACAAACAACAGGUUCCUACAAACUUGAUGACUUUUGAGUAAAAGCCUGAAGAGGAAGAGGUGAAGCUCUGCUCCUGGGUGAGAGCAGGGACCUGACAGAAGAUGCCAGCGGCAAACCAUCCUGUGCCAGGAAGAGCCCACAGGCUCCAGCCCAGCCUUUGGAAUUCUGAACCAAAAAGCACUCAUUUCAGGGAAUCAAGUGAGAUAUUCCCAGAGAACAAAUUGGAGUUGCAAAACAAACUGCCAUGAACCAUGCUUCUUAUCUCUGAACUGACCUGUGGAAACCACUGCCUUAAAGAAUGAAAGGAAAACCAACAUGAAACACCAAAUAGUGUGUGUGAAUCUUCUGGCGGUGCUGUGCUUGGAAUAGAUCAUAGCUAAUUUCCAUUUCUUUUAACUUUGUACUAAUUUUGGAGGGGGGAAUCACCUUUUUUUAGAUACACUUUGAAAAGGAUAGACAUAUUUCUUACGGAUUGUAUCAGGAGCUGGUUUUGAACUGUGGUGAGCAGAUCCUUUCCUUCAGCAGGGAUUUACCAGCAGCCCUCCUGAGAGGUUUGUCCUGCCUCCAGUCGUCCAUAGCCUCACUGGUUUUCUCACAGCAAGAACGUAGGGUUAGACAUGUUGAUAAUGUAAGUUGUCAGGGUCUGUUUGGGAUGGGGAGGAAGGGUUUGUUUUGGUUGAGGGCACAUCUUUUUAAACACUAAACUUCUGAAUUGAGUACUGUAUGGGGAACAUUAUUUCCUGCGGGAGGCACAAAGGCCGAGUGUUCAUAUACCAGUUUUUUUAAAAAUAGGUUCCAGAAAACAUGGUUGUUUCUAGCUGGGGUUCAGGUUUAGCUUUCUCUAUGAAUUCAUUGUGGAACCAUACAUCUGCUUAGUAGAGAACUAUAAUCUCAAGCUAAACUUUCCUGAGAAGAUUUUACAAUGAUUAAAUUUUUUUUUAAAGUUAAUUAGAUUAUUUCUCUCCCAACCACAGGGAGUCAUCAAGGGUGAUAAUAUUGAUAUUUUGCCAGGAUAUUUUCUUUUACAGUGUUUAAUGUGCAUAAUGCCAGUUAUUUUUUUAUUGUUUAUUUUGUUUUUGUUUAAUAUGAUACUCAAGAUCACAUUUGUUUAAAAGAUUCCUCAUAAAUAUGUAUGUAUUUUAUCAUAAGACAGUAAUUUUAAGAGGGAUAAAGAUAAAGAGUUUGAGGCUCUAGGAAUUUUAAAUAUCAAACCCUUCUUCCUUUUAAAAUAAACAAACCAAAACAUUUUUCCAAGAACUUACUGUAAGUCCUAACAUGAACCCAUAUUGUCAGUAGUUAACCAAGCAAUUUUGAGAGUUCUGUGUAACAGUGCAUUCACUUUCUAAACUAAAUGUCAAACUUAGAAGUUAAAAGGUGUGAUACCUUAGAAUUUUAACAAAAAAGUUGCACUUGAACAAGGACUCUAUGUCAGAUAUUACAAACUUAUGAGGCAUCAUAAAUUUUAGCAGUGGUCCAGAGUAAGAAAUGUUUUGUGACUGAUACCUCCUAUAGACUGAUUACUUGGACCUCAUAAAAUUUCUCACAUUUAUUUUCUUACAGAACUGUAUAAAUUUUAUUGGAAGUUUCACCCUCAAGUCCAUAAAACAAACAGAAAAUGUUGUGUAUACAAUAAUAGCUUAAAAUGCAUCCAAAGGAAAGUUAAAGAACUUUUUUUGAGUUUUUUAAAAUUUAAUUUUGUGUUUGGAAAAGAUGUUAACAGUUCAAAUAGGUUUCUCGUAUAACAAUUAGAAAUACAUUGUUUCUAGGUUUUAGUGACACAGGCUGGAGAGGGCAGAGUGUUGCCUGUGCCAAAUGAUUUUUCAGUUAAUGGUCUAAACUUAACCUGUGUUGGGUACGUAGAAAGAACCAUCUGCAUAGCCAGCAGUAUUACUCGGUAGACCUUGCACAUCUUACUUUUGUUUUGCAUUAUUUAAAAAUUGCUUAAUUUGUUUUUUUUUUUCUUCAGAAAUAACAUUUUUAACAGUGUAUGUGCUUUUUAAAAAAUAUUGUGAAUGAGAACCCUGUGGAUUUUUUUUUUUCUUUUUUGUCUGUCGUAAAUAAGCUAAGGUAGAUGUGCUGUAGGUUAACCAAAUCUGGGAGAGAUGCAACUGGAAGUCAGAGCCUGACAUCACACAGUUUUGCCAAAGAGAGCAAGCUAAGUUGGAAGAUGUGUUUGAUAUUUUCAGCUCUAAACGUUAAUGAGUGCUUGUACAGAGUAAGAAUAGUGUUCACAUUUGAGAAACAGUCCAUAGAUAGAGUUGUGGCCUCUUACUGUCUGAAAUUUAACCUAACAGUGCAGUAGAAAUUGUUAUUAUUUUUCUAUCUUCAGAUUUAUCUAUUCAAAAUAUUAGUCAUUACUUGUUAGGAUUAUUUUUAGCAUUUGAAGUAAAUUGAAAUCAGUGAGAAAUGAAUUACAAUAGUGCAGGUGAGUUUUUGAUCUAUCAUUCACAAAAUAUCUGGUUAUAAUUCAAGCAAAGAAAAUAUAAGUCACCAAACUAUACUAAUAUUUAGGUAGUUUGUUAGUGGGAAGAUAAAUCUAAUUAUUAAACCUGCCCUUGAUUGUACAGUAGUGAUCCAAAAACUCAAAAUUUGCAUCAGCAUUAAAUUCAUUUUCUCCCCUAGCCAAGAAAUUCAAUUAAUUAAAUUAAAUUUAAGCUGGUGCGUAAGCAUAGUGAUUGUCCUAUCCAUGGCUUAGGGUAGUAGUAUACAGUACUAGCCAAAAUGCAAUUCGAGGUAUAUCUCAUGUAACAACUUACAUGAUAGUAACAUAUCAGUUUUUUAAAUAUAACUCUAAAAAUAAUUACAUAAUAGCUUUCUGGAUAUUGUUUUUGGUUUCAUGCCCCUUCUGUGUUCAGGCUCUGCUUAUUUUUCAGAGUAUUAUUUUUAAUCUCAAACUAAGAAUUGAAAGACAACUGAUCAAACACACCUUUCUAUUUUGUUUUCUUCACUGUGUAAAUAUUAUUUGUGUAAGCAUUGCAAAAAGGGAUCCAAAUAAUUUGAGUGUUUUUUUUUUUAAUUCUCCCUAGGCAUGUGCUUCAAUGGCAAAUAUUUUUCUGUGUAAAAAAUGCCAUGUAAUUACUGCACUGCCUCUUCACGGGCUCUAUUGAUAUUAGGUAUUUCUGUAUAUGAACUCAUGGUGUUUAUAGCUGCAAAGUUUUUAUAAACAGCUUUUUUCCUCUUCUAGAAGAUUUAUAAAGGAGCCCAAAAAGCACUAUUCUAUAGAAAGUAAAAAGAGUAGUCUCCGUUAGUUGAAACUGGGGCCCUCUAAGAUUAGCAGCCCGUCAAUCUCUUGAAAGCAUUAGAGUGUACUCGAUCAAAUGACUAGCAUCUUUUUUCCCUAAGGUUAAAUCUGUAAAGCUGUGUACAUUUAUCACUGAAACUGAAACUCUAGGACAUCAUAUUAUAGGAAAUCAGUACUAGUAAUAGAUUUAAUCCAUUGGCUUUUUAGAAGAACUCAUUAACUGUUGAUUUCCUUGUUUUUUGGGGCAUAUUCUUCCACAACCAGUUUUUAAGCCACCAUAUUAUUUUCUUCCACAAACAAGGGGUGCCAGUGUUGCUUAACAAAGAUAAUCUUUAAUAAAAAGAAAUCCUCUCUCUCAAGGCCUUCGAAGUCACUGGAUCCCUUUUUGAGAAUGAAGGCCACCUCCUCGCUGUGCUGGGGGAGCAGGGGGCAGCUGUUGCAUGAGGAGGUGGUAAGGUUUGUCGACUUCCUUCAGUGACCUUUUAGGGUUUGCUUCGUUUUUCUCUCUUCUUUUAUACUACUUUCAAACUUAGUAAAUUUAUGAUUUUACAGCCAGAGUAGUACUCUGUUUUUUCUAAGCCUUUAAGAUAACAAAAAACUGCUGCUAAAUCACAUUGAUAAAUGACUUUCCAUGUGGACCUUUUCAAAAUGAUUUAAGUACCUUUUGAUUUUGUUCUCCUGAAAAUGGCUUGUGUCUAAAAUGUUGGGGGUUUUUUUGUUUUGUUUUGUUUUGUCUUUUUCUGUUUAGAGGGUUCUAGUGAAAGAGAUGUAUGUGUAAAACUUCUAAGCUUAUCGAAAGCAAUUUCAUUAUACCUAUAUCUCAAGUUGUAGUGUGGUGAAAAUUUGGUCAGUGCCUUAUCAAUUUGAAGACCACUCUUAGGGCAUUGAGUAGGACAACUUGCCCUGUUAGUUCAGGAGUGUGCUCUCCACCAUCUUACUCUUACAGCAAGUCUAAGGAUGUCUAUACAGAUCCUCCAGGUGCUUGUUGCAGUCCUCAUUGGGUUUUGAGUCUUUUUUAUACAAACUUCCUUCCUCCUUCUCUCUUUUCCAGUUGGAGAUUGAAAAUAAAUCCACUCAAAUCAAUCUUUUGAUAAGCACUCUUAUAAAACAGCUUUGAAGAACAUCCAUCCAUCUGGGUUCAUUUUUAUCCUGUUGUUUGAGUAUAGAUUUAAUGAUCAGUCCCUCUGGGAAAUCCCUAAAAUAACAAAUUUACAGAAAGAUUAAUUUGGAUUUUAUUAAAGCUGCUAAAAUCUUGUAAGCACAGUUCCUUUGGCCAGAAAUGAGAUUUAUUUUGGUUCAUCCUUAUAUUAAAUAGAACUCAGAAUGAACAAGCAGUCACUUAACCUGCCGGUUAUUGUUUACCUGAAAGUUCAUGCAGCACAGUGGAAAUGACUCCAGUGUAUGGACGUAAUAGACUAAAGUAGCUUUCUCAAUGAAAGUGAGCCUCAGAAAUGCUUUGCGUCUCUGAGAUUAUUGGAAGACCGGGAGCCCUGUUGUUUAUCUGUGUCAGGAAGCUCUUUUCACACUCUUUAAAGGGCUCUUUAUGUUCUAGAGUAGCAAAGUAUACAUACAGAGUAUUUAAACCCAAAUGAAAGGGUAGCUGGUCCUAGAGGGUCAUUAGCAAAAUUUAAAUUUUGAUUCUAGCUCUUUGAACUGCAAAGCAAUGAAGGGGUUAAAAGAACAUGUAGAGUGCUUUGGGAUGCAACAUUUUUUUCCCCCUUAACAGAAAAAAAGAAAACUUCACAAAUAUUAGCUGUGCUUUAGAUGCCAGGUAACAAAUAUUGCCUUCCCUGAAGAUACCCCCCCCCAUUAGAACUACUCACAAAUGUAGUCCAAUGAUUACUGAUUUAUUAGGUAUGACUAAAAAUAGCUGAUAAGUCACCAAACUCAAGUGUUUCUUCACCUCUAUUAUUGGCAUUCAUUGGAGGGAUCUGGUUCCCAGCGUAUUCUAAAGGAGAUCAGACAUCUCCGGGAGAAGUACCCAGUGAUGAUGAUAUUCAGGAAAACACAAGCCAUUUUUUUCUUCUUUAUCCCAGUUAACUUGAGGUACUCUAAUGAAGCACUCAAUUGCACUAUGACCUCCUUGAGUGAUGUGCAGUUCGGUUCCUCUCUCUUUUUGUUUCUUUUUAAUAUGCAAAUGUGAGUGUGUGAUCUACAGUGUGUUCGCAUAAGCUAAUUUAAAACGAAUUUAAGAACAGUUUUCUGAAAUAUUUCUAUUGAAAUAAAUCACUUAAAAUUAUA